AUGGCAUCCACCGACGUCUUCAUCAAGAAGAUCCAGGAUAGGCCAAUCAACGGGAAACACUCCCUGAUCAAGAAGCUCGGCGAGGGCGGCCAUGGCGCCGUUUAUCUCGGCCGAGACUUCAACACUGGCGAGGAAGUAGCACUGAAGUUGGAACACAAGUCACGCGAGCCGUCAAUAUUGAGAGAUGAAGCCAAUAAUUACCAGGAAUUCCAGGGCCUUGCGGGAUUUCCCAAGCUGUACUGGUAUGGCUGGCACGAUGAUUACAGAGUCAUGGUCGUCGAGCUCCUCGGACCCAGCCUGGAGGACUUGUUUGAGUACUGCGAACGUCUUUUCUCCCUCAAGACCGUGCUCCUGCUUGCAGAUCAGCUUCUUGUCCGACUGGAAGACCUCCACGUGAGAGAAUUUGUCCAUCGCGAUAUUAAACCGGAAAACUUCUUGGCUGGGACGGGGAAGAAUGGCAAUACUAUCUACAUGACAGAUUUUGGCGUGAUGAAUGGAUUUGAAAAGACCCGCGACGAUGCUGAUGAGUCCGUACCUCGGCAUCCUCAGCUCAUUGGCACGACGAGAUAUGCGAGCGUGAGAGGACACGAAGGACGCGCACAGUCGCCCCGAGAUGAUCUCGAAUCACUCGGGUAUAUGAUGAUAUAUUUCCUGCGAGGUAAGCUCCCGUGGCAAGGCUUGAAAGCGUACUCUACAAACGAGAAAGAGCGGCUGGUCAUGGAGAAAAAGGCUGCUUUGACGGUGGAAGAGCUGUGCGCGGGACUGCCUAGCGAGUUCGCGGACUACAUGAGGUACGCGAAGACGCUCUCGUACGGAGCAAUGCCCGACUACGCUAUGCUCAGGCGACUCUUUCGAGAACUCGCGAGCAAGGAAGAGAUUGAAUACGACAACGUCUUUGACUGGACUGUGCGGCUGUACUUGCAGCAAUCGAAUGGAGAUUAGUGGCAAAAGUACUCCCAAAUUGCUUGCAAUUCUCCCAAGUCUUUCGGUACGACAUCCGCAGGAGAUUGAGGCACUUUUCAAAUGUUGAAUUGAUGAACAGUGGAUGAAGAGAGAGAGAGAAAAAGCCGCGCCAGAACAGUGUCUAUCGCACCUAGAGAUAUUUCGCCACCCACAGAAGCUAACAGAGAUAAGAAUGAAUAUACCUCAAGUGGUACAGAG